CUCCUCCGCUCUGCUCUUCCUCUACUUCUCCUCCUCCUCCUCCUCCUCAAUUAUCUCUGAUAUAUAAAAGCAGCCCGUCUGCUUCUGCGCUCAAUUGGAAAAUGCAUUGCUUCACCAACUCUUUUGACUUCUUCCUCCGCUAGUAAUGCCUACUCCGCAUCUCCAACUAUCGUCUACUCAUCCUCAUCCUCAACCGCAUCCCCAACCACCCCGUCCCGUCCUCCCCGGCCGCAGACCGUCCUCUAUCGCAACCGCCUCCACCGGCGCCUCUUCUUCCUCCUCCUUUGUCUCUGCCCUCCAAUUCUUCUCCUCCUCGCCCUCAUCCCCCGCUCCCUCCUCCUCCCAUCGCUUAUCAAUCCUCUUCCAUGACAAGAAAGACCACUAUCUCCCCGGCAGCGGCAUCUCCGGCAACAUCCUCAUCACCCCUACAAAAGACACCGAGUUCUCCUGCCUCAUCGUCACCCUCGAGGGAACCGCGCGGACAUGGAACGACCGCGCAGGCGUCGGCAACCGCAUCAACAUCCGCAACACUUUUCUCAAAAUGGCCUGCCCGAUAGACGAAGAGGACUACCCCUCCCUGCGCAUCUUCCGCGCUCACACAACCUACUCCUUCUACUUCUCCUUUGUCCUCCCGGAAACCCUGCUCGAGACCGAGUGCGACCACCUCGCUUGUCACAGACUGCUUCCCUCCUCCCUCGGCGAAGGCACCUCCUUCUCGCACGAUGACUGCUCGCCCGACAUGGCCCGCAUCACGUACCAGAUCCAUGCAAAGGUAAUCCAUCUCAAGCCUCCCGACUCGCGCCGGACCGUUCCACUCCAGGCCUCGGCGCCGUUCAACGUCGUCGCGGCUUACAAGCCCGAUAUCAACAAUAUCCCGCACCACCAUUUCCGCGAUCAGGAAGUCAGUCAGCACAGCUCGGAUAGUUUUACGCGGUUUUACCGCACCACAAAAAUCCUGAAAAAGGGCCUGCUGAUCAAGAAGAGUAUGGCGGGGAAAAUCACUCUCGAGGCGAGCAUCCUGCAGCCUUUCAUUUUUGGUCAGCCGGACUCGUCCGUGCCUAUGCUUCUCACCCUCUCCUGCUCGCCAGGCGACAACCCGCAGUCAUUGCCAAAGGUAGAGUCUGCGACAGUUAGACUGAGAGCGUAUACCUAUUUCUCGACCGUGUCGAUGACAUAUCUCCCUGUGCCGGACUCGCGCGCGGUCGACCCCAGACUGGGAAUCUACCACGAGACCUUCUCCAUCAACUCCACCGCCUUCCCAACCCCUCCUUCUUCUACGCCAUGCGCGCAGUGGUCCAAAGAAAGCGCAAACCACCACACGUUCAGCACGACUUUGCAGCUUCGACUUCCGCGCUUCCGCACUCUGGUGCCGAACUUUUGGUCAUGUCUGAUCGGCCGGCAAUACGAAGCUGAAGUCACUGUCAAGCUCUCGGCGGGAUACGGCUCGAUCUCGCUCAAGAUCCCUGUCGAGAUCACGACUUCCGACGUCGCGGACAUGCUCCUCAACUCGGAGCUCUUGACUUCCUCUCCCGCCCUCCAACCUCGCCGCUCCUCUUCCUCAUCCGACUCCAGCGACACCGCCUCCGACGACGAUGACGACGACGUGCUCAACGUCUUCACGCACUGGAGCCAGCCACCCGUUCGCAGGCGGGAUUCAAACCACCCGACGAUGUAUGACAUCCACCACUCCGAGCUGCGCAACGCGCGCCACCUAGCCGCCUACGCGAGCAUCAACGAUCUCGCGACGAGCGCGGCACGGCUGUGUCAGGACUUGUCGCCGAGUGUGGCGAUUCCAAUGUAUAGACAUCACAGCUAUAAUCCGCAGAGGGAGGAGGAGCGGGAGGCUAUGUUGGGUGACGCGCAGGUUGUUGCUUAGAUUGUUAGAGAAGAGCAUUGUUUUCGAAUCUGGUUUCCAUUCUGGUAUUGUUUUAUUUGGUUUUUGUUCAUAUGGUUUGUUUGGGUUUUCUGUCUUUUUCUUUGUAUGUUUAUGUUCAUGAUCUGGUCUACAGUCUUAAAAGUAUAGUGUAAAAGUUUCUAUAAAUCAAAAUACUAAA